UUUACCUUAAGAUGGAUUUGAAGCCAUGGAAUCAUGUAACAGAAGCUCAUCAAGCUUCUAUAUUAGAAGAUAUAAAGGCUAUUACUGAAGCCGGAGAGAAGAAAUCUUCGGCAGACCGCGAAUUGGCGACAAUAAGCAAACCAAACAAACUUAAUCAUAGAAGAUCCACCGAUUUAAAGAGGGUUAGAAAAGAAGAACCAGAAAAAGAAGAAAGCAGUGGUUCAGAUUACUCGCCUCCUGGCAAUGCGAAACGGAAGCAGAUCAAAGUUAGUCCUCGUCCAUUACAUAUGGAAGAUGAGAAACCAUCAGUUACGGUUAAGGAAGAACCAUCAGAAAAAUACGGAAGCAAACGAUUAAGAAGAAAAUCAGGAAGAAAUCAAGAGAAGCAAGAGGAUUUCCUACCUUGGACUGCUGUCGACGACAACUUCCAGCCUAUUGAAAGCCGGGAAGUCGAGAAAAAGACAGGAGAGACUGGCGAAGCUCCAGUACUCAAAGAAAAUAUACCUCUUCAGGAAGGGUCAGCGAAGGAGAAUCCGAAAACCAAAAUUCCUGCAGCGAAAUCAAAAUUUCAAGGAAAGUUAACAUUUAAAGCUAACCCACCUUCUGAAAGAAAUCAGAAAACAGAGAGUAUUAGCUCAUCGGAAAUUACCGAAAAGAAACCAAAAGAAUCCGAAGCGUGUAGUGAUUCAAAGAGAACUGGACUGGACCCCUUUACUCAGGAGUACACAUACAGAUACAAUAACGAUUUCUGUUCUGCAUGUCAUGGAUCUGGUAAUUUCCUUUGUUGUGAAACUUGCCCUAAUAGUUUUCAUUUCAGUUGUAUCGACCCUCCUAUUGAGGAAACAAAUUUACCGGAUGGUGCUUGGUAUUGUAAUAGUUGUCGAUACAGGUCUUUAUACGGUGAAGGUUUCGAGCAAGAAGACAUGGAAGAUAAAAUGAAUAAUGAACAAGACUCUAUGGUGAAUGUUUGGAUGCGUCUUUGUACAGAUGUUGACUCAAGUAAUCCUUGUCAAUUCCAAUUGCCAUACACAAUACGAUCUUAUUUCCAGGGAAUUGGUAUUGGUGUUUUUGGUGAAUACUUGGAAACGGAUAUCAUAAAACCAUCUAGGACGGGACGUAAAAACAUUAUGGAUGAUAGAGAUGCUUUUUUGCUAAGAGAUCGGAAUGGAGCACCUGUGCAUUGCUAUCAUUGUCAAAGCUCAGUUCUACCAUGUCAAAGCAUGGUGGUGUGCGAUUACUGUUUGACUUACUGGCACCCGGAUUGCCUUUCUCCUCCCUUAUCUACGUUACCUUCUAGCGUAAGAAAAUGGAAAUGUCCAAAUCAUGCUGAGCAUGUAACACCUCGAUAUCGAUUACCGAAAAGAGCUAGAGUAAUUGAUGUUGGAUUGCCACGAGGUUUUAAGAACAGAGGCAACAUUGUAAUCGACGAUCGCGAAGACAGAGAAUCGAUUCAGACUAUUCAAUGGCAAGGAAAAAUUCGGGUUGUCCCUACAAAAACUUUCAAGCUGAAUUUUUUGGAACAAAUAAAGGAUAAUAUAAAAAAUUUUGAUAAAAUGUAUAGGGAAAACGAAUCGCUUUGUCUUAAGAUACUUCCGCAAUUAGCUUCGUUUGCUUCUCGAGAUUGCGAGUUUCCCUUAAGAGCUCUAUCUGAUGUUGCAAACAAUAACCUUGCAAACGAUGACUACCUGCUAGCAUUGCGAGAUUUACUUCGGAUAUUCCGAUGGGAUCCUUCUAAGCCUAUUCCAAGUCCUUCAGAGCUUGUGGAUCUUUCUAUACGCCAUUUAAUAUAGGCUACUUUUACGAUUUCAGCGUGGUUUUUAGUCUAAGUGAUAUCUAAUGAUUGCGCGAUGUGGUUUAAAUUGAUUUGACAUGGAUAUCGUAGGAUUCAUGUUGUUUGCGGCUUCUUAAAAAGGAGAAUGCGGGCGUUCUUCCAUGGUCAGGGUUGAAAACAACAAAUGUUGCAUGAUUAAUAAUUUAAAUGAUUUUUUUUUUUUCGAAGCUAUAGAAGUAGUGAAGUCAAUUCAAUUAGCGAAAACAGUUUUAAGAUAAUAGGUACAAUAAUUUCCAGAUGUUAUGUUAUACACAUUCAUUCAAAAUAACACUUUAAUACUGAACAAGGAUUGAUCCAAGCGACUAUUGUUUUCUAUAUUACUGAUGAU